UCUCUCUUCUUUCUCUCUCUAUGUCCUCGCAGGCAUGACAAAUGUGCUGCAAUUUAUCUGGGUCAAACACAAAGCCCCCAAAUCCCCCCGCUCUUCGAGUAAACUGAGAUAGGAUGAGAGGAAAAGAGGGAACAUGAGAAAUAACUAAAACAGCCAUAGAACACAUUAAGGGGGAGAGAGAGAGAGAGAGAGAGAGAGAGAGAGAGAGAGAGAGAGAGAGAGAGAGAGAGAGAAUAAGGGAAAACAUAUGUGUUUGUGAAGUCUGGAUUCUAACACAGAAGUAUCAUCUGGAUUGUUAGAAGUUUGUGCUUUUAGACUCGUGCUGUGUGUAUCCACAAUUCAGCAUGGCUUUAUGGAACUCAAAACUCAAAUGGUUACUUCUGGUCCAUCUAUUAAUGUCAGAUGUGGUCUUUGCUAGAAGCCCACUCCCCCCAGGACCCCAAAUAAACUUGAGGCCAGUCACUUCAAACAUCUUCCCAAGUUUAUCAGAGUCUGAAACGGUGGGGCUCACACGGGCAGAGAAGCCAAGGAAUGAGAAAGUCGAAUUAAAAGAAAAAGACGAUAUUCAUCCCGCUCAUCGGCUGGUCUUAGACCUCUCUGAAUCUCUACAAGAUCAGCUGCAUCUCCAAAGCAAUGCAAGCUGUGCAGAGCUCGCUGCUGGAGGCUGGAAAGGAAAUGUUUUCUCUCAGGAGCUAUUGGGGUUGGCAAUGGUGCCUGUGUUGGUGUCGGCAGGAUGUUCGAUUGAGGCCCAGGCGUUGGUAGUGAAGCUCUACUCCGUGCUGGGCCGGGAUGAUACCCGUGAACUUUUGCAGGACGUACUGAUGCUGAUCAAAAGAGGAAAGGAGAGAGAAUCGACGAACUAUGCCUAUCACACUUUCGGAAAUGCAAGCCAUAUCCCAUCCUUUCCUACUAUACCAAGCCAAGAGUCACAGCAUCAUAUGCAGGCUUUAAUUUUUAACAUUCACCAGCUAGCCGAAGUGGGAAAAACUGCAGAUAAGUUAAAAGACGAAGUUAGGCCUUGCAAAGGUUGGGUGAGGGUGAAGGGCACACAGUUACUGGGACAAGCUGCAGAACAGAGCGGGACAUUGCGUCUUUCAGAGGCGCAGAAGGCUUGUCGACGCUUAGGUCUCCACUGUGCAGGUGUGACCCAAGACGGCAAUCACAAUCCUGGAUAUUAUCGCGUUAUCCUAAGGCCUGGUAGCCGAGUAGUGCCUUCAUCAUUCUCGGAAAGCUGGAUUCAGAAUUGCGAGACGGCGCAUGUACGUUGGCGUAGAACUACGGUGCCUCGGCAUAACUGCGUAAACCAAAAAGAGCAGCAGGUGUAUACAGUGGUGGAGUGGAUCCCUGCAGUAUCUACUCUUUAUAAUCUGGGAACGGCUGUUUAUUACGCUACGGUUAACUGCUAUGACACUGCAAAAGAAAGAGCGAUCCUAAGUACUGUGGAUCUGGGCACAGACGCCCUCAUGGCUGUGACUGGGGGAACCGCAGGGGUUGCCGGUUACGCAUUAGGUGCUGGUUUGAAAACUAGUGUGAAGGCAGGGGUUAAAUACCUCCUUAACAACAUGAAAGAGGAAGAUGACCUUGUUAUGAAUCAGAACAGCUGGGAGGAUGGAACUCUCGACACCUCACAGUAAAAGGACAAACAGGAAGAAUAGACCGGACCAGGACAAUAGCACUGCUCCAGUGCAACACUGUACAAAGAAAACACAGGCAGUAAAUCAUGUUUAGGAGUACAUGUUAUCAUACAGUGUGCACAGUGAUAUUCACAAUGUCAAUCCUGUAAAGAUAUGUAUAGUAAAAACAAACAAUAUUGAAGGUGAAAUCAAAAAGAUGUUUCACUUAUCGUUUACUCUUUUGCUUUAGGGUAAAGAGGGGGAGAGAGAGAGAGAGAGAGAGAGAGAGAGAGAGAGAGAGAGAGAGAGAGAGAGAGAGAGAGAAUUUAUUUUAUUUGCAGUAGUACUUCAUCCAUCACCCAGCACCUUAGCUUAAUUGCACCUUAAUGUUUGUUAAUAUUGUGUUAUUGUAUGUUUCUCGUUUUAUGUAUAAUGCUUUGGCAAUAUUGUAAGUGACACAAUCAUGCCAAUAAAGUUCUUUAAAUUGAAAUUGAAAUUGAAUUGAGAGAGAGAGAGAGAGAGAGAGAGAGAGAGAGAGAGAGAGAGAGAGAGAGAGAGAGAGAGAAAGAAAGAGAGAGACAGAUGAUCUCUUAUUAGCUUGCAUGACCUGCAUGAUCAGCUUUAACAUAGCGGCAGUCAUUAUUUUGUGACAGUCAUCUUGGAUUUAACUGUUCAAAAUAGACAGGUACCAAGAAACAGGGGUUACAUUGCAUUUUGUAUUAUUGGAGAUUUCAAUAUCCACCAUCAUAUGAGUAUGCAUCAAUUGACACGUUUUUAUUUUAAACCUUGAUUUAAUUGUUUUAUAUUGUAUAAUGCAAAUACAUUUUAAUAAACUAUUGUUAUAGUUACACUUAAUCGUAUGGACACUGUUUUUUCCUUAAUAUUUUCCAUUACUAGUUUUUGAAAAUACAAUUGUAUUUUUGGUAUAAAUGUUUGUAAAUGCAAACCUUUUUCUGUGCAUUGAUUAAAAUUACAAAUAAAAAACAGCAAAUGAA